AUUUGGCUAUUUGAUCAGCGCUCCUGCCUUUACACAACUACUAUUGACACGGCAAAGGUGGCCUCUCCUUGCGAGUGUGAUGCCUCGAGUCUCACCGAGGGAGUGGUAGUGAUGGCUGAUCGAACUCCUGUCUUGAAAGUGCUCUACCGACUUCGGACACCUCUCAGUCCCACAGAUUCCUCAAAAACAGUGGAUCCCCUCUUUGAUGAGUGGAGUCGAGACUUUUCCGUGGGUCAUUUGCAAUUACCGCUGGAAACCUGCACACAGCUGGCCACAUGCCUGACUCAGGUAACCCAACGUUUGGCGCCGCAAGUGCGCUCUGGCAAGGGACGCACGGAGGGCUUUACUGUAGGUUUGAGUGCAGAAUUUAAGCUGAUUUUGGCAGCCUAA